CACGGGAUUGGCCGGGGGAGCGCCGCGGCUCCGCCCGCCGCGCGCUCACGUGAUCGGUGCGGCGCGGGCCCGUGCGGGUGGGGUGCGGGCGCGGCGGCCCUGCUGCGCCUCGGCAUGGGCUGCUGCUACAGCAGCGAGGCCUCGGCCUCCGACCAGGAAGAAGAGACGAAGCGGCUGCUGGAACCGGCGUCCAGCCCUCCCAACAAGGUGCUGAAUGGAGCAGAGCAGAGCUACCACAACCUCCCAUCAGCGCGCACAGAUGAGCAGGCCAUGCUGUCCUCCAUCCUCGCCAAAACGGCCAUCAACAUCAUCGACGUGUCAGCAGCUGAUUCCCAGGGCAUGGAGCAGCACGAGUACAUGGACAGAGCCAGGCAGUACAGCACGCGCCUGGCCAUGCUGAGCAACAACCUGACGCACUGGAAGAAGCUCCCGCUGCUGCCGUCUCUGACCAACCAACCGCACCAAGUACUCGCCAGUGACCCCGUCCCCUUUGCAGACCUGCAGCAGGUGUCCCGGAUAGCUGCCUACGCCUUCAGCGCACUCUCACAGAUCCGCGUUGACGCCAAAGAAGAACUGGUUGUACAGUUUGGCAUCCCCUGAGCCCACCCCACAGCACCACAGCUUCACCGAUUUUUGGGUUGCUUUUUGUUUUUUCCCCUUCCUUGUCUUUUUUGUUUGUUUCUUUUCCUUUCUCCUCUCCUUCCCUCCCUCCCCAUGGCACCACAACAGAACUUGUACAGACACCCGAUUUCCUACUAUUCACCAAGAUGCCCAUUGCCGGCAUGUCAGCCCUGCAGCGGUACCUGCUGGUGCUGCUCAGAGGCUUUCUCCUCCUCUUCCUCAUGGGUGGGUGUGUGUGGGGAGGGGGCUGCAUUUUGCCAGACGCCACAUUGCACAGGGAUGACCACAAAGGGAAUGCCAACGCGGGGGCACCCCGGCACGGGUCAGCACCAUGUGCCGCAUCGCUGAGAAGGGUGGGCAGGAACCAAGGGGUGCCAGAGUCAGGCUGCUGCAGAUAUGACUCUCUGCGUGGGACUUAGUGGUGUCUGACACCCUUUCUACUCAUUUUUACAUGUUUGGACCUUUAUUUUGGUUUUUUUUAAUUAUUAUUUUUGGCCACAGUAGAUAAAAUCAUGUUUAUCCAG